CGAUCAGCUUUGUCCUACCCCAGGUCUUCCAGCAUGAAGAUCGUAUCCAAACACAUCGAGCGGGAUGGCUCGGGUAGAGUGGUCCUCAUUCCUCAGGAAGACGAGGAUAUGUACCAUCUCCUCCACCUCAUCCAAGAAGGCGACCUUGUCAAAGCUCCCGCCGUGCGCAGAGUCCAGUCCGAGUCCUCCACUGGCUCCAUGGAGUCGCACCGCGUCAAGCUCAACCUCACCCUGCAGGUGACAAAGACCAGCUUCGACGCCACGGGCUCCUCUGCCCCACCCGAUCCCACUGCCGCCAAUGCAGAGAACACGAGUGCGGCACAGGAAGCUACCUCUGCAACGGGGGGAGCGCUAGGAGGUGGUGGAGGUGAAGGGGCUACGUUGCAGGUGUCGGGCAGGGUGGUUGCGGAGAAUCCUUACGUCAAGAUGGGCGCCUUCCAUACGCUCGAUCUCGAGACGAACCGACAGCUGACCAUCACAAAGGACUCUUGGGACUCGAUUCAUCUCGAGCGGCUAUCAGAUUCCAGCGACGUCGGUCAAAGGGCAGAAGUUGGCGCAGUAGUCCUGGGCGAAGGGACGGCGGUGGUCUGUCUGCUGACAGAGCACAUGACAGUAGUGCGGCAACGCAUCGACGUGCCUCUGCCCCGGAAGCGCAAAGGCCUCCCUUCCUCUGCAGGGGACAAGUCUCUCGGUCGCUUCCAUUUUCAGGUCUACAAUGCCGUACUCAAGCUCAUCUCCCUCCCUGCUCUACGACUCAUCAUCCUCGCCUCCCCUGGCUUUACGCGCGAUUCAGUGUACGACUUCCUCUUCGAAGAAGCAGUGAAGCGUGGGGACAAGGCCCUCAUCGGUUCGGAAGCUCGACGAAAAUUUCUCAAGAUCCACUGCUCCUCCCCACACGUCCACUCGCUCAUGGAGGUAUUGCGCUCACCAGAAGUGUCUACCCAGCUCAAGGAUACCAAAUUCGCGCGAGAGGGACAACUCCUGGAGAAGUUCAUGCGCAUGCUCUCCUCGGACGAGUUGCGCGCCUGGUACUCGGAGAAGCACGUCCUCCUCGCUGCCGAUCGAGGGGCGAUCCAAACCCUCCUCAUUUCCGAUGGACUCUUCCGCUCUGCUGAUCCAGUCCGGAGAAAGAAGUUUGUGAAGCUGGUAGAGGAGGUGAGGGCGCAAGGGGGAGAAGUGGCCAUCUUUAGCUCGAUGCAUGAAAGUGGUAGACAGCUCAAUGGCCUUACAGGCAUUGCGGCGAUUCUCACUUGGCCGAUGGAUGUGGAAGAAGUGGAGGAGGAGGAAGAGGAAGAGAGGAGGCGUAAAGGUCUCUCGGAAAAGGGAGAAGCGGCGCCAGAGGAGCCGGGGCUGCCUGAGCCGAAUAGGAAUCUAGAAGUUCAAGGAGAAUGAGAGAGGAAGAAAGGUGACCAUGAUCAUUGUACCAAUACCCAUCACAUCAUCAGGCACAACGUAGGAGACGCAUACACAAGUAUGUCUA